CAGCAGGAGACACUGGCUGCAGCAGCUGGAGACAGUUGCUGCAGCAGCUAGAGACAGUUGCUGCAGCAGCGGGAGACAGUUGCUGCAGCAAGGGGACAGGUGCUGCAGCAAGAGAACAGGUGCUGCAGCAAGGGGACAGGUGCUGCAGCAAGGAGAGAGCCGCUACAGCAAGGAGAGAGCUGCUGCAGCACGGAGAGAGCUGCUGCAGCAAGGAGAGAGCAGCUGCAGCAAAGGAGACAGUUGCUGCAGCAAGGAGACUGUUGCUGCAGCACAGGAGCCACUUGUUGCAGGAAGGAGGGAGCUGCAGCAGCAGCAAGACCGCUGCUGCAGCAAGGAACCCCUCACUGCAGCAAGGAGACAGGUGCUGCAGCAGGGCUGCUGGUGCUGCAGCAAGGAGACAGCUGCUGCAGCAAGGAGCCCCUUACUGCAGCAGGAAGAAAGGCGCUGCAGCAGGGCUGGUGCUGCUGCAGCGGGACAGGUGCUGCAGCAGGGAGCCAUUUACUUGCGCAGGGAGAGAGUUGCUGCAGCAGGGCCGGUGCUGCUGCAGCAAGGAGACAGCUGCUGCAGCAAGGAGACAGCUGCUGCAGCAAGGAGACAGCUGCUGCAGCAAGGAGACAGCUGCUGCAGCAAGGAGACACUUACUGCAGCACAAAGCCCCGAGGGCUGCGUCAGGCCCCGGGAGCCGCAAAAGCUGCCCGCAGUGCAGCGCGAACACUCAGCAGCAGCUUUGA